AUGCCACGAUUACGGCGAACGCCCUCAGUCUCGUGGUCACCCAAUGUCACGACAACAAACAUGCCCGCUUCCGGUUCGGAUACGUCGGGGACGGAAUGCGCUGGCCCAUCUCGGCGGCGGGGUGACGUUACGACGAGACGUACAACACGGUCCCGAAGCAAGAAUGAGACGCGUCACAAAGAUCACAUCUCCCGGAACGAAUCGGAACGCACACCCUACCUGCCAAGCGAUGGGUUAGCGCCCCUCCUCAUUCAACAACGGCCUUGCUCGCCACGUAGUUCCUCGUCCCCCUGCGUGCCUCCAACAUACACAAAUCCCACAGUCUUCCUCCUCCUCGCCCUCACGACCCUCCUAAUCAUCGCUCCACCACCCGUCGUCCAAGCAUUCGUCCCCCACCCUCGAGCCGUGAUUCCAGGCCGUUCCGAACCCAGUCCACCGCUCCCACCUGGCUCAACCCGAGUAGGGAACUACGUCUGUCGUUCUCAAGGCGAAUGCGAACCUUGUCCCGCCGAUGAGGUGAGUGGAUAAGAACCAAUCAAGGAGGUAGCUCAACAAAUGAUCUUCUUGUAACUGACAUCCUCUCUCUCUCUCUCUCUCUCUCUCUCUCUCUCUCUCUCUCUCUCUCUCUCAGAUCUUCAGUUCCGUCUGCUCCCUCUACGGCAAUCGUAAGAAAUUGAUCUGCGAACGUUCGCUCUCCACUUCCGAGUCUCCGUCCUCCCUGGAGAAGAAUCUCAAAGACCCCUUUUCGAACCCGAACCCAUCUCAAACGACACCACAAGAAAAAGAUUCGAACGACGAGCUGGAUUCAGUGAUGGAAAUCGAAUCGGAUUCAGGAGAUGGGUCAAGAGGUGCGGGCGCCGCGGUGGAUAAAUUGAUCGGGGAUGAGGAUGCCGAUCCGAGUGCGUUCUCAAGCUUCGAUAACGAUCCGGAACCGGACGCGUUGGAUGGGGUUAGGAUGAGGGGGAGAGCGGUUAUGGAUGAUCAGGAUGGUCCGGAUGAGAUUGUGACGUGGGAGGCUUGUCAGAGGGUCGUCAAGAAGGAGAAGGAGGAUUAUUAUGAAUUCAUCGUUAAGCUCAAUCCCCCACCCUUUUCUGAACCCUCUGUGUGUGUGUGUUUUUGGGUCAGAAGCUAAAUCUCUAAUCGCAUUUUUCGUUCCCCCAAGUUGUGCAACCUCUUCUUCGCCACGGGUUCGAUCGCUCUGCUCAUGUACCGACAUCGCGUCCUCGCAUCACGGCAAUACGGGAGGUUGGCCGCGAGGAUCGGGCUUUCCGUGACGAGGUAA